AGCCUAAUCCACAUCUUGUUAAGAGCUAGCUGUGGAGUUGAGUUGCCACUAAAAAACUCUUUUUUCUUAUGUUUUCAUUGUAACAAAUUCAAGAAAUGCAAAUGUUUUCAUGCCAGAGUUACACUAAAUAACAAGUUCUGUUGCUUUCUUUCUACUGGUUCAUACACACAUUUCCAAUCUGCAGUCUUCUUUUUUCUUUAAUAUAUAAUCAAGAAAUCGCCAAGUAGUAGUGUACAGUUCGAAAAUCCGUGGAUAAUAGACACGUCCCUCUACCCUUCUCUACAUAAAUACCUCCGUUUGCCGCAGGGUUUGAACCUGUGACAUUCACCUAACCCACACGUCACGUUUUCUUACCACUAGACCAAAGCCAAAGCCAAAGCCAAAGCCGGAAUUUCAAUUUGCAGUUUGAGGAAAGUUGUUAGCUUUAGGGAAAAAAGCUACAGGUAGUGGAAAAGCUCAGUUCUGUCUUGACACUAUUUUUUCUGAAUUUGGUGGUAACCAUAGUUUAUUGGUAGUUUCUUGUGUUUUGUCAGUCAAGAAAGCUUUUUUCUAUUUCAAGAUUUUUUUUCUUGUGUUUUCUCUAGAUAGAUAAGUAAGAUCUACAAUGCUAGAAUUGUUGAUUCUCAAUAGUACUUAGGUGGCCUUUAUAGUGCAAAUUUUCUAGGAGAAUUGGAGUUUAUUGUGUAUAAUAAUUGGCUCUUUAGGAUAAUGAAUUUGAGAAUGGUGCAUUUGAUUCCUUUGGUCCUAGUAUUAGUAGUGUCAAGUUUUUUGACUCAGGAUUCUAGUGCUGCUUUUACUCCUACUGAUAACUACUUGCUUGCUUGUGGAUCUACACAAAAUGUGACUUAUAUUGGCCAAACAUAUGUUCCUGAUUCACUCCAUCCUUCAGUUUCUUUAGAAAGUAAGGAAAAUUCUGUUUCUGCCACGUCGAAUACUAGUGCUCCAUCUUCAAUCUAUCAGUCCGCGAGAAUUUUCCAUAGUACGACAGUUUAUAAGUUUGAUAUAAAGCAAGAAGGGCGACAUUGGGUCCGUCUCUACUUCUAUCCUCUUCCGGGGCACAACUUAAAGUCUGCCUCAAUGACGGUUGUCACAGAAAAUUUUGUUCUGUUGAACAAUUUCAGUUUCAAGAGUUAUAAUGGUUCGUACCUUUUUAAGGAAUAUGCCAUCAACGUCGAUUCAGAUAGCUUGACUCUUGCUUUAAUCCCUUCAAACAACUCCAUUGCAUUUAUAAACGCCAUUGAAGUUGUAUCCGUCCCUGAUGAGUUGAUUCCAGAUCAAGCAGUCGCUUUAUCUCCCUUAGCGCCUUUUAAUGGUCUUUCAGGACUAGCCCUUGAAACUGUUUAUCGUCUAAACAUGGGAGGUCCUCAUCUUACUGCUCAAAAUGACACGUUGGGAAGAACGUGGGAGAAUGACGCGAAGUACCUGCACAUUAACAGCUCUGCAGUAGAUGCUUCAGUUAGUCCGUCAAGUAUAAAAUAUACAGCUACUAUGACUCCUGAAAUAGCACCAAAUUGGGUUUACGCUACUGCUGAAACAAUGGGAGAUGCAAAUGUACCUAAUGUGAAUUUUAAUAUCACUUGGAUCUUUACCGUUGAUCCAAACUUCAUGUACUUCAUCCGCGUACAUUUUUGUGAUAUUGUCAGCGAAUCUUUGAACGCUCUUCUGUUCAACUUAUAUGUUAAUGAUGAUAUUGCUCUAUUGGACAUAGACUUGUCAAACUUAGCUGGUAAUUUGGACGUACCUUUAUACAAAGAUUUCGUCUCUAAUUCUUCAGUGAAUUCAAGUAUGCUGAAAGUUAGUGUUGGUCCAGACACGAGUGCUGAUUAUAUAAAUGCAAUUAUGAACGGACUUGAAAUCAUGAAGAUUAGCAACGAAGCCAGAAGCUUUAAUGGGGUUCAAUCUGUUGAGACUUUUCUUGUGUUGCCUCACAAAAAGAGCAAGAUAGGUAUCAUUCUUGGUUUUGCCUUAGGAGCAUCAGCUGCAUUGGCGUUUAUCGGGUUGUGUUGUUGCUUCUUUAUAGCCCGCAGAUCAAAGACUUCCAACCAAAGGCACCCGUGGCUUCCUCCGUUGUAUGGAAACUCUUUAAGUUUGACAAAAAUGUCUACAAUAUCUCGAGCAAGCUACAUCUCCUUGGCUUCACCGAAUGUUGGACGAUUCUUUAGUUUCCAAGAAAUACUGGAUUCAACUAACAAAUUUGAUGAAAGUUUGCUUCUUGGUGUUGGUGGUUUUGGUAGGGUUUAUAAAGGAACACUAGAAGAUGGGACUAGACUUGCUAUUAAAAGAGGAAACCAAGGAUCUGAACAAGGUUUAGCUGAAUUUCAAACUGAGAUUGAAAUGUUAUCCAAACUUCGCCAUCGUCACCUUGUGUCUUUGAUUGGUUACUGUGAUGAAAUGUCAGAAAUGAUUCUGGUUUAUGAAUAUAUGGCAAAUGGUCCUCUCCGAAGUCAUCUUUAUGGAACGGAUCUCCCACCUCUCUCGUGGAAGCAACGUCUUGAGAUUUGUAUCGGUGCUGCCAAGGGGCUGCAUUAUCUCCACACAGGUGCAGCUCAGAGCAUCAUUCACCGCGAUGUCAAAACUACCAACAUACUCUUGGAUGAGAACUUUGUAGCUAAAGUUGCUGAUUUUGGUCUUUCUAAAGCUGGACCGUCAGAUCAGACACACGUCAGCACUGCCGUUAAGGGUAGUUUUGGAUACCUUGAUCCUGAAUACUUCAGGAGGCAGCAGCUUACAGAGAAAUCAGAUGUUUAUUCAUUUGGUGUUGUCCUAAUGGAAGUACUCUGCACUAGACCUGCAUUAAAUCCAGUGCUCCCACGCGAGCAAGUUAAUAUAGCCGAGUGGACUAUGAUUUGGCAAAAGAAAGGCAUGUUGGAUCGGAUAAUGGACACAAACCUCGAGGGGAAGGUGAAUCCAGCUGCCCUGAAAAAGUUCGGGGAAACAGCUGAAAAGUGUUUGGCUGAACACGGAGUUGAUAGACCUUCAAUGGGGGAUGUGCUGUGGAAUUUAGAAUAUGCACUUCAACUUGAAGAAGCCUCCUCAGCGCUAGCAGAGCCCGAUGAUAACAGUACAAACCAUAUACCUGGUAUACCAUUAACACCAGUCGAGCCAUUCGACAAGAGUGUUAGCAAGAUUGAAGGGAUUAACUCAAAAACAGAUGAUGAUGCAGGGGAUACUGCUAAUAAUGCUGUUUUUUCUCAGCUGGUAAAUCCACGGGGAAGAUGAGAAUAAAUACUCCCUCGUAUACGUGCUCUAAGGUCUCGGCAACUUGACAUCACAAAAUGUUUUAUUUCAUGGAUUCAAGGGAAAGUGGAUAUCAUUUCAAAAUCUUUAUAUUAAUAGUACUGAAUGAUUGAGUAUGUAAUAUAAAUGUUUAGUCAACCUAUUGUAUUCGUUGAAAUUUGUCGUUCAAAUACAACAAGUUGUAGCAUUGUUUCAUUGUUACAUAGGUGAUACAGUUGCCCUCUUUAUUCAUAGUUAUACUCAUGAAUAUGUAUUUGUAAAAGCAUUAUAGUUAUAUACAUUCAUAAAUAACAAUAUCAAGCAUAUGCUGCCUUCUCUCCA